UGUCUGUGUCGGUGUCGGUGUCGGUGUCGGUGUAUUCUCUUUCUCUCUUUCACUCUUUCUUCCUGUGUUUCUCAGUGCGCACUGCGCGCACAGGCACAGGGUAUACAGGUGGAAUGUGCCACCGUCCGCGCGGCACACGGAUGUACACUGACGCGUAAAGCCAGUGAGGGGCGCCGGGCGAGAUAAGGUCGAGCCUUAUGCGAGGUGUAAAGUGAUCCACCAAGAGGACUCUCGCAAGGGAAAGGGGACGUGCGGGGAGGAAACUCCGGGAAGAGUCUCAGUAUGGAGGUGAUAUAUAAAUUUUGUAAAUAAUAAAUGUGAAUGUCUUUGAAUGGAAAACCAAAGAAUCUGGAUCGGUAAGGAUUUUACAAAAAGAAAUCAAAGGUCCAGAAAAUUCUAAGAGACAAGGUAUUCGAAUCGGCAGACUUGCGUAGGCAUAUAAGGAUCGACGUGGGAACAAGCAUGAGGACACUUCAUUGUCGGAAUGUUUAAGCAUCGAGGAAAGGAAUAGAUGGAAGAAAGUUAGUAGAAAAGAAGACACAAAAGUACACGAAGAAUUUCGCUCUUCGCAAAGAGAUAGACGUAAAUAUUUAAUGACAUUGUGAUCGGUGAGAUAUGAAGCGACGGGUAAGAGGAAGUGGAAGAUCGUGUACGGAAUGUAGAAGCGUUUCACGAAGGUCGGACCAAGACUAGAACAUUCAUAAGAUUCCACAGGCCUCGCCUCCUUUUAUUCAAUCUCAAUUAAAUAAAAGAAACCGUCUAAAAGAUCAAGAAGAAAUUAAAUAAAAAAAGAUACUAAAAUCAAACUAAUAUCAGAAAAUAUUAGAGGAAAUAUAACAAAUAUAUUGUAUGAAAGAAGGAUAGAAAAAUAUCAUCAAAACAAGAUAAAGAUCAUUUGGAAAAGCACAGACAGGAAGGAAAGACGAAUGUUUAGUGUUGAGUUACGAGGGGGAUUGUAAGAAAAGAACGGUCGAAGAAUUUUGAAGAAAACCGGAAGGUUUCGGCGCUGCGAGGAGCGCGCAUUAAGAUUCUUCGUCCGUAUGCAGCUUCAUCGCGAGUCGCGCGAGCGUCCAUGAGGCUUGAGCGAAGGACGAGCCGUUGAGAGGUCCACGCCAUGAGAAUCCUCAAAACGCUACACUGGUCCCGAAGGCGUAGCGGUAGUGGCGUGACGGACAUACACUCUCAGCAACAGCAGCAGCAAUUGCAGUUGCAAGAGAACAACAACUCGCGCGAACAACAACUCGUGCGAACAACAAGCUCGCGCGACGCGAAGAAGCCGCAGGAGGGACUGGGGCCCGAUGAGAUGUGGGCCCCUGGCGCCCUGGGCCAUCAUCGGGAGCUACCUGUUGAUGUGCCCGACACCCUUCUACAGAAGGCCUAUCCCAACAAGGUAAAAAACUGCUCUUCCGAUUAUAGGAACGGGCUACAGCAUCGUCCCCGUAGCGCUAGCGACCUCGACCUCUCCCUAAACCUUAAAAACGAAACCCUUAAGACGCGCACCAUCGCGGACGGACGCGCUAGACUCGUAUCGAACGAUCACACGCACGACGUCACCGACGCAGCCAGGACAAUUAACGUCCACAACGGUCUUCAGCCGUCUAUGCUGAAGAUCGAGCUGAAUAUCGAGGACGAGGAGGAGAAAGUGAAAGCCACCAAGAAGAAUCUGGGGUUCGACAAAUAUCGCGAUAGCCCGAUCGCGACCGGCUCGCCGGAUUUGAAAAGUACCUUUAAAGUUUUCCAAGUAUACGCGAACAUUGACGAGGAGGACGCAGGUGGACAGAAGGAGUCCAGCGUUGAUAUUGAAGACGACUAUCCUUUUGCCAAGGAGGAUUAUCCCACGAUGCUGAAAACAUGUAGCGACGAUUCCGCGAGUCCAAGAAGCUCAUCGGGUAGAUCGGACAGUACCGCACCCCUCGAUACCAGUCUAAUGCUCAGGCAUAGUAAAAGCCACAAGGACUCGCCGACUUAUGACGUACGAAGGAUAGACCUCGGGUCUCCUUGUAGAUCGGUGGUACCCGACAUCAAGGUGGCUCCACUCUUUGGCCGAACCCGAGACGCGACUUCCUUUGACAAUCCGGCUUAUGGAUUAACGGACUUGCAGGAUCUUCAGGGGCUACUGCGAUCCGACGAAAUGUCAGACUUAACCAGACUGAUUGAUGAACAAUCUUCAAUUCCAAGAACUCCGCAAGAUCAAGAUAAAGUCUCGCCUGUCCGUGUCAAGGAUCAGCAGAUGGACUCUUCCCAAACCGAGCCAGUAAGCAAGUCCAGCAAAAGCCCGACGAAACGUCGUUCAAAUGACGAACGAAUUAAAUUGAAGGCAAAAACCCGCAGUCUCAAUAUCGAGGAAUUGAUCCGGGUUGGCUCGACCGACGAUCUUCUCGGCAUCGAAUUAAGCAAUCUCUCCUCCUCCUCCUCCUCGUCCCGGCAGCGGACAAAAAAGAAGCGGCAUCAACAGAUCUCCAGCGGCUAUUCCACCCUGAGGAGCGAGGCCUCUGGCGAUCUCGAGCAUAACGCGGACCGCAGCUUCCUCGUGGUGGGCAGAAAGCCUUACCGCGAGGUAGCCGUCGAUUGUCCACCGGAUUUCGUGCCGGUCACCAAGUGCCACCCGAUAUACCCGCCGCCGAAUAAGACCCCCGGCAACAGCAAGCACAACACCCUCGAGCCAAAGCGCGAUCACGCGAGUGUCAUUAACGAGGCGAGUUCGUGCGCUGCGACAACGACGAUGACCAUGACGACUACCACGCUCGUAGCCUCCCCUCGCCUCUCCUUGAACGAUAAUAGCUUCACGACGCUGUCUAGUGCCGACAGUAGCGCUAAAGAGACCGUGGUCGCGCGCUCGGUAGACCAUAAGCACAGCUUGAAGAAGGUAAGGUCCAAAGUCAAGAGCUUAAUAUGCAACAGCUUACAGCCUAUCCUGCACCACCAGCAACAUGGUGAUUCGCUUGGCGCUUACAGCACGCAAUACCCUAACUCACUAAUGCAGACUCAUUCUAAUGAUCCUGUUCUGCAAUCGUUCGUCAUGAACAUUACGAAUCCCAACGAGUUCUCGCAAAUACGAAGCUCCUUCAACGAACGAGAUGAGAAUCUCUUUCAAAAUCGACAAAUCCAGAAUUCUUGUUUCGAGGAUGAUUACCACGACGUGGUUUUCUUACAAGGAAAAUUCUUCCGCGUGAGCGGAGAACGUUUAUUAUCCCCCGUUUUUCCAGAAGAGCUUCCCAAAAAUUCGCAAAACCCCUUCCUCGAAGAAGCUGGUAAUAAUAAAAUGACCUCUUUCCCUUUCCCAACUAGCGAUUCUAUACGCUUGAGUGUCUUUCCUACUUUUGAAAACAAAGUCGUGAACUCUUCUAAAGAAGAACUCCUUGGUUUCGAGAAGGAAACCGAGGAGAAUCACUUCUCCGAUUGUCCGAACGAGAUUAGCUUGAUACCGGAGGAAAAUAUCUCGUUUUUUAAAUUCAGAGAUAACAUUCAUGUCCAAUCAUCUAUCCAAGAGACAAAUCAGAAUUCUCGGAAUUCUCUGCGUGAGCUCUCCUUUGCGGAACAACGCGUUGUGAGUCGUUUAUUCGACGACACGCGUUAUUCUAAUAAUUGUCAGCCACAAGAAAAGGAGCGACGUGACAGCGCUCACUGUCUCGAUGAUUCGCCGAGUACACAAAAUCAAAAAAAUUCAAGGCUAUUUUUUAAAUACGGUUCCAAAUUGGACGUUCCAUCUAUGCUUCCUAACAAUGGCGUGAAAUUUCGCGUUAGUUGGAGAAGCAUGUCCGACCUUCCAAAUUUAAUGGCCGAUUGGCACUCGACGACGACAAGGACAGCCUUUUCGCUCCCUGACUUAGUUUCAAUAUCGAAAAUCACGUCAUCACCUAUCGUCGGGUGGGAUAAAGUUGACCACCCGACAGUUUCGUACGACGGAUUUUCUCAUGAACGUAUGAAGCAGAACAUACCAAAAUCACCGAUGCACACUAUGAAGAACAAUUCGCUCAAGUCGCACGUCGACGCUCUCGAACAGCAGGCCGGUCUCAAUGGAGUCAAGCCUGCCAUCCCACCUCGCGAUCAGAAGAGGGCACCUGCCAGACCGCCGAAAGAUAAUCUGCGCCUCUCCACGCAGAACAAUAAUGUUGAGACGAGCGAUAACGCCAACGCCGAGCCGACGCAACAGCAGCUUCACUCUAUCAGGAAAUAUCAGGAGCAGUUACGAAAACGGAAAGAUGAGGAGGAAAGACAGGAAAUGCUCAGCCGUUCUCUCCGUGGCUCUAAAAAGCUUCAAGCUUUGGAGAGCCAUGCGACGAGCCUCAGUGGCCAGGAAAAUCUUGCUUACGCACAGGACGAGGUGACCACCGGCGUCAGUCGAAUUACACACGCCACUCCUAAUGCAGUCCAAGAAGUGGAGGAGCCGCCCAGGCCUCUCACGUACGGCGAGGUCGUUGCUACGCUGGAGAGGCUGCAGCUCCAACUGCGAAAUAUUUCAGGUGCUCUCGGUAUUUCGGGUCCAGGUGUCGAAGCCGAGCUCGAGGCAGUCCGAACACUUUUAGUGCAGAAUCGAUUUGCGUCUGCCCUGGCGACUCGUCAUACUUUAAAAAGUCGGCUAAGGGCGAGCAAGAUUUUCAAACAUCACGCCGAUGACGCAUCGAGUUUAGCGCGAGAUUGCGUGGAUAUCCUUGAAAAAUGGCAAUCGUCGUCGACCGCAACAGGUGUCGGCGGAGCAGAAACAAUAGCCGCCGUGGAAGAGUUAACGAGUAUUCUAACAAGUUACGACAUGGAAGCUCUGCUUCUGGCGCACGAUUCUAUCGUCUCCUACGUGGAAGGUUUACAAAGGAAGCAAAGCCCGUCCUCUCCACCCAGUGGCCCGCCCAGUCCGACGUCUAGUUGGAAAGAUUCCCGUGUAGUCGACAACAUUAAGAUUAUCCGAAUUGAGAAAACUAACGAACCUCUGGGUGCUACCGUCAGAAACGAAGGGGAUGCGGUAAUCAUAGGACGUGUCGUUCGCGGUGGUGCGGCAGACAAGUCAGGACUCCUACACGAGGGUGACGAGGUUCUCGAGGUGAACGGAGUAGAAAUGCGCGGCAAGACUGUCAACGAGGUUUGUGAUAUUCUUGCUGGCAUGCAAGGUAGUCUUACGUUCUUGGUACUUCCGGCUCCAACGAACCACAGAAAUAAUUUAAGGAGAGAAGACACGACCCAGAUACAUAUACGAGCGCAUUUCGAUUACGAUCCCGAGGAAGACCCGUACAUACCGUGCAGAGAGUUGGGCGUGAGCUUCCAAAAGGGCGAUGUACUCCACGUAAUUUCCCAAGAGGAUCCUAACUGGUGGCAAGCAUAUCGAGAGGGUGAAGAGGACCAGACACUGGCUGGUCUAAUACCUAGCAGAGCGUUUCAACAUCAACGAGAAUCCAUGAAGCAGACAAUAGCCGGCGACAAAUCGACGAUGCGAGGUUCGAAAAAAUCCAGCACGCUAUUGUGCGCGAGAAAAAAUCCAAAGAAGAAGAAACGAAACAAGUUCGGCGCGAACUUCAAUGACGAUGGAUAUCCACUUUACGCGACAACUGCCAUAGACGAUUACGACAGCGAGGAAGUGCUGACGUAUGAGGAAGUCGCCUUAUACUAUCCUCGUGCAAAUCACAAGAGGCCAAUUGUACUCAUCGGACCACCCAACAUCGGACGGCACGAACUUAGGCAGAGAUUGAUGCAGGAUAGCGAACGUUUUGCUGCAGCGAUACCGCAUACAAGUCGUCCAAAGAAAGAUUCCGAAGUCGAUGGGCAGGAUUACCAUUUUAUUUCUCGUGCUCAGUUCGAAUCCGAUAUUCUUUGUCGGAAGUUCGUCGAGCACGGCGAAUAUGAGAAAGCGUACUAUGGCACGUCCGUGGAGGCCAUCAGGACAGUGGUUAAUUCCGGGAAAAUCUGUGUCUUAAACCUGCAUCCCCAGAGUCUCAAGAUCCUUCGAAAUUCGGAUCUGAAGCCGUAUGUUGUGUUUAUCGCGCCUCCAAGCCUCGAGAAGCUUAGGCAGAAGAGGAUCAAGAACAACGAAAGCUUCAAAGAGGAAGAAUUAAAAGACAUAAUCGAGAAGGCCCGUGAGAUGGAGGAUAAGUAUGGCCAUCUGUUUGAUAUGCUUAUCCUCAACAACGAUACGGAUCGGGCGUACAACCAGCUUCUCACGGAGAUUAAUUCACUCGAGAGAGAACCUCAGUGGGUGCCUGCGUCUUGGGUUCAGUAACUUAAGCGGUCUUAAUCGCCGCGCUUAAGACGAGCGUUUCUAUACGUGUCUCGACGGUGAGGACGGCGAUCGGAGGCCAGUAUUGCGGUAUCUGUUUGCAAGACAAGUGCUUUUACGCAAUUUUCCAAGUAAGACUUCAAGCAAGUCUGAUAGAAAUUCGGAGAACUGGUUCUUCUACAGGUGCCUGUUACAUAGUUUUAUGUUUCUUACGCAAAUCUUAAAUCUUCCCCGGUUAUUAUAUUGCAAGUACUACUCGCCUGACAGAGUCUUCCGCGCGUGUUGUCGUACUUUGGUGCCAUGAAAAUGACGGAGCAAUCUUCAAAGGGAGAAAGGGAAGAAGAGAAAUAGAAAAGAGAAUGAAUGUUCUACAAAAAAUUUUCACAACCUCUGUGACGAACUACUUCUCGACAUAGAUUCUUGCAUUUGUUAAAGAAGAAAAAAAAAUAUGAUGUUUAUAUACCACAGUGAAAAACGACAGUUUUCAAGACUUGAUUGCAUCAAUGAUGUUUCGAAUUUAAGCGAAUAUGUAAUCAAAUCGCGGACGAUAAUCUGACGAAAAACUUAAAUUUAAGUUCCGCUUAAAUUUCAAACAGAGUUGCUGCAGUUUAGUCGACUUUUGGUAUCCCGAGAUAAUUCUGAUUGAAAUACGUUCGUACGUCGAAGUUUCAGAGGUAUUUACGAUUAAAUUCUCAUGACUGACCCAUUCCCCAAGCGAUUAAUAUUAUUAUAUUAGAUGCGCGAGUAUACAAAAAAUAUCAUCUUUUCGGUGCGCCAAAGCACAUCUGCCGAGCGUUUUGCUCUUUCUACAUAUUAGCCCGUUCUACGUGAGGAAGUGUACCUGACCUGAUGUCUCCUAACAGUGAAAAAUUUCUAACUUGGGGGACUCGUGAAAAUAUCGUGUAAUUUUCUAUGAUCUACGCACAUACGUUUUGAUAAAUUUUGAUAAGUGGAACCGGAGCUUCGAUCCAGAUUUUUUAAAAGAUUCUUAUUCACAGCGUAGCACGUGCGAAUAUAUUAACGUGAUUACAUUAUUAACUCCGCGUAAUGUAAUUAAUUCUUUUUACGUUUAUCGCUAAUCAGUCAUACACACACACACACACACAUAUAUAUAUAUAUAUAUCGAACUUUCGCAUACGAUCAUAGAGAGUCGCACGUUUUUUCACGUGAAAUUUUGGUUAGAAAUUUUUGGUAGUCCUGUUAUUCUAACCAAGCGGAAGUUCUUAUUAUAAAGGAAGAAAAAAAAAAUUCCAAAACGACGAUCCCACAAGCAUAACGACGCACUUUAUGCGUUUCUUCGAACGCAAGAGGAAACGUCUGCGAUGUCGAAGAAGGCGAAACUCGCUAACGUUUUAUCGUUCGCCCUAGACAUUUCGUGUUUGUUUAGAGAGCAGAAACUCGUGUUUCGAACCCGUAGAUUCGUUAAACGCAAUAGACUUAGGCUCGACUGUGGUUCGGUAUACAAGCUUUUGAAAAUUUCGCAUAAAACAAUUGUUUCUCCUGAGUGUUUUUUUACAGGGAGCGAUUAUUACGCAACGCGAUCGAAUAGGGUAAAAGAUGUUUAUCUGUGUCAUUGUAUCGCUACGAAAAUAGGGAUCGAUGCGAAAUAGAAAAGAAAAAAAUGUGUAGUAGAGAGAGAGAAAGAAAGGCCAUUGUGGUUUUUCAUUGGAAAUUAUUCGGUAAAUGCAAGUGCGCGAUGUGUAUCUUAUAAAUAUUCUUGCGUUAGUAAUAAUUGUGUAUUAUAUCGGAAAGUAACUUUUCUAUAUUUUUUUCUUUUCUUCGAUGACUUUAAGAGCUCCGGUAAAUUCGGCAAAGAUGUGUCAUUCGUAUAGAAAUUGUGGGCUACUGUGUCGUGAUUAGAUCAACUGUGUAAUGUUAGUCGAUCCAGAGAGAAAAA